AUGGCCGCGAACAUGCAACACAUGGCGGGAGCGGCGGGAAUGAUGCAACAGCAACCGCCGCGUCCCCGACCCUCCCAGGUUCAGUUGAACCAGUUUCUUUACCAGACCAUGCUCGCCCAGCAACAGCCUCACACAGGCUGGCAAGCUGGCGUGGCUAUCCAGGAGCGCAUGAUCAAGUGCCAUAACUUGAUCACAAACAUUGGCCUUGCCGUGCCCAGCAUAGAUUUCAUGAAGGCGGCAGAAGUUGGCGUAAACUUCGAGCGCGAUGCCUUCAACAAGUGUCAAGAUAAGGCUCAAUACGAGGCCCAAAUGAGCAACAAGACGAACGAGUUCUUCCGACGACGACAGGCGAACGAGCAGACCAUGACCAGCAAUCUCCAAGCCCAAGCUGCGGCACAGGCUCAACAACAGCUCAUGAUGAACCAAAACGCGGCUAUGCAGAACCAGAUGGGGCGAGGAAUGGGCCAGAACCAACAGCAGGGCUUCCAGCAUCUCCAGCACCAGAUGCAGGCGUCGCAGAUUCCUCAACAGGGCCAGAUGGGUGUAAACAUGGGAAACCAAGGUGGCCAACCGAUAGGGCCCAACCAGCAGAUGUUCCAGAUGCCCGGUGGACAAGGACGACCACAAAACGGCAUUCCCACCGACGCCUCAAACCUCACACCGCACGAUCAGCAAAAGGUGAUGGAACUCGCCCAAAAAAUGGCAUCCGCCUGCCCCGAUCCCCAGAAGAAUCACUACCGCAAUAUUGUGCAGACCCGGUUUGCACAGAGGGCACAGGAGUACACCGCUCAAGGCAAGGAUCCGGUCUUGAUCUGGUUCCAGCACCAGGCCUUCCAAGGCCUGUCAAAAAACGCCGCUCUGGCCAGGCAGCGACAGCAACAGGGCGGCAUGCCGCCCAACAUGAACCCUGCUCAAGCCCAAGCCAUGAUGCAAGCCGGCAGAGGACAAAUCAACCCGGCGAUGAUGAACGCGGCAAAUAUGCAGUCUGGCAAUGGGGACUUUGGCCAGUUCACCAUGGAGAGCAUCAUGAACCAACAAAAGGCGGGCAUACUAGCCCAGGAGCAAGGCCAGAUGGUCGUACCUGCGAGCAACGGCCCAGCGCGCAACGCCACGCCGCAACCCAUCGCUGGGGGUCAAGGUCAGGGAAUGCCUAAUCAACCUGGACAGAAUCAAACACCGCGACCAAACCAGGCUCAGCAACAGUUGAGUAUGCAGCAGGCGCAACAACUCAAAAUUGAGCAACAGCAGUCGCAACACGCGGCACAGAUGCGUGCUCAACAGCAAGCCAGACAAUUACAGGGGCAGCCGAACGGUCUCGGUGGCGCACCGCCAUCCCAGAGCCCGGGUAUGAACACCCUGAACACCCCCAUGCGCCGUCCUCCGAGUGCCAUGAAUCCCAUGGAAGGCCAGAAUGGGCAACAGGCAAAUGGUCCCUUUGCUGGCACUCUCGACCCCCGUUUCAACCAGGGCAACCAACGGCCGAUGGGCGCAGCGGGCAACAUGAACAUGACCAACACCCCGCUUUUCCACAGCAUGAUGGCAAGCAUGAAUCCCGAGCAAAGGCAGGCUGUCCACGGUCUGCCACCAGACAAGCUGAACGAAGUCAUGCAGAAGUGGCAGGAGCAACAGCGCAAGAUGCAAAUGAAUGCUAUGGGCAACCCAGGCCAGAUGCAGGGUCGACCAGGGCAACUUGGACAAUUCAACGUUGUCAAUGGCAAUCAGUUCAUGAACAACGGCAUGAUGCCUCAGCAAGCGCAACCAGGUGCUCCUGCUCCUAACAACCAGCAGCAACUCAUUGCCCAGCAACAGCAGAUGUUGAACCGAUUGAGGAACCAGCAAACACCUGUAGCACCGGCUCACCAAGUCAUGAUGGACAGCAUGGAGCUACCGCCACCAGUCCUCCAGCAAGUAGGAAACCAGCUUCGCGCUCCUCCUGAGGUACGCAAGUGGAAGGACCUACGACAAUGGCUUGCACAAAACCCCGUACAGCCACAGUUGCAACAACAUCUCGAGAGAAUUCAGAGAUCGCAGUUCGCGACCUACAUGCAGAGGCAGAUGGAGAAACGCAAUCAGCAGCAGGCAGCAGCGGCGGCAGCGCAGCAGCAACAAACGCAGCAACCGCAACCGCCACAAUCUCAGCCGCCUCAGCAGGUCCCGCCACAGGCUCAACUACAGCAAAUCGCACAGCCGCCUCAACAAGCUCAACCUCAAGGACCAGCGCAGCCACAACAGAAUGGGAUGCAGCCCGGCAACGGCGUACAGAAUCCGCAGGCACCCAACCAACCAGGCAUGCCGCCUGGCAUGCCGAGUAUUCCAGCUCACAUGAUUCAGGUGACGCCAACUGAUAUCAUGAACGCUCGCAAGGCGAACCCCAAGAUUGCUAGCCUUACCGACGAUCAACUGAGACAGUUCAUCAUCCAGAUUAAGCAACGGCAGAUGGCUGCCGCGAUGCAAAAAGAGAUGGCCAUGCGCCAGGCUCAAUCACAAGGGCUACCGGCGCCGGGAGGACCAACCAUCCCAGUGUCUGCACCUCAACCACCUCAAAUGCCACAGCCCGGUAUACCCGCAAAUAUCACCCCGACGCCCGCGCAAGCGCCACCGGCACCGCCGAAGCAGCAGAGCGCUACUCCUGAUCAGAAGGCUGUUGCCAACGCCGCGGCACCACAGAACAACACCAACAACAACAACAACCGUCCGGCCUCGAGCAACCAAGCACAGCCUCCGAAUCCCUCGCCUGCGACGCAGCAGAAGAACCUCAAGCGACCUAGCACUGACGAGCCUGCCGACGUCCCUCAGGCAUCUCAGCAGCCUCAGAGGCCGACUGCCCAACCAGGCCAGAUGCGCCCGUUCCCGAACUUUACCCCAGAGCAAAUUGCGGCCAUGAAUCCCGAGCAGAGGGCCAAGUACGAGGCAAUGAAGAGUCGUCAACAGGCCAUGCAAGCUGCAAGCUCGGGCAUUGCACCUACGGAGAACGACUUUGACAAGCUCAGGCGCAUCGGUCAAGAAGAGCAGAGGUUGAUGAUGACGGAGCAUAUGCCUGAUAUCCCCAUGUCACCAGAGCAGCGUACAGAGACUUGCACCAAGCUCAUGAAGAUCGUGGUCGACAUGGGCAAGAUUGGAAAGGCCCUGGGACGCUGGUAUGCCGCAACUCGUGAUGAUCAGCGCGCCAAGAGCUAUUUCCGAGCUCGACUCCGUAUGAUCAGACAGUUCACCGACGGUGAACACAUGAUGAACCCGAAGCCAGUCUUCAGUGUCAGGCCCGCCGAGAUUGACGAGGUUCGUCGACUCCUCGAGAGCAUGGCGCGCGACUGUGCCUCCCUCGGCAAGAAAGCCGGUGCCGUGCCACCACAGCAAGGCCAACCCGCAGCGCCGAACCAGGCCGGUGCUACUCCUGCUCAAAGCGGGCAGGUGACGCCAUUGAGUGCGGCCAACUUGGAGAAGCAGACCAAGGCUUUGAACAAUAUGCACCAGCGGUCCAACAGCAAGAGCGGGGCCCCCCCAGCUGCACCAACGACGAGCCAGCCUCCAUUCCCGUUCAACGCAACCUCUCCGCAUGGCGAUCCUACUUACAUGGACAGGCCAAAGGUGAACAGGGACAACCUGAAAUUGCCCAACCCGCGAAAGAAGGCCAAGACUGGGGCGCAACCGACGCCGCCCCAGCAGCCGAGCCAGACAACCCCGUCGCCCCAGAUCAGCAAGUCUGGUUCCCCGGAACUCAAGAGGCAGGCCAUGCCCGAACCCAAGGCGCCGCCAAAACCCAUGUUCUUGUGCCCCGAGGCAGACUGCGAGAUGGCAACAACGGGCUUCCCUUCAGAGCAGGCGCGACAGACGCAUAUUCAAGAAGAGCAUGUCAAGCCUCUGGAGGAUCCCAUGAAGUUCAUGCAAGAAAACUUGGCUCUCUCUUUGGGAUUGGAUGCCAACGGUCAGGUGCCAGUCACUGCACAGCCAAUGGGCCAGAACGCAUCCAAACAAGGCCAAACACCAGCCAGCAAUCCGGAUGCAACGCCAAUGUCUCGAGAUGCGUCGAUGCAGCGUACGGGCAGCAAGGUGGGAGGGAAGGCACAGGACAACAAGCUUGCGGUUGGCAAGACUGACAACACUCCCAAGAUGGAGCACAAGCAGCCCGAGAUGGCGGCGGCACCGGCUCCGACGAUGGACGCGUGGGCAACGACGGUCAACCCACAGAGCCUGUUCAACAACCUCGGCAAGUUCGAGCUCGGCGCCAACGGCGUCAUCAGCGACAUGGCCGUGUACCGGUCACAGACACCGAACGAUACACCCGAGUCGAGCAAGGACAGUGGAUCAUCGGAGCCCAACAGCGAUAUUUCAGAGGGUGUCCACCUGGACAUAGACCUCAACUGGCAACCAGUCGACAUGGACGUGCUUCUUGAUAUGAACAACAUCAACAUGGACGGACUUGACGGCGGGGCCGAAUUUGAGGGGCUGAUGCUAGAGGAGGCGAUGGCGCCGAUGGAGCAGUUCCCUAACUGGGAUGAAGUGACGAAUGACUUCAACAAGCCGUUCCAGUUCGACAACAGCCUAUACUCACUCGAUGUCUCGUCGUCGAUGUGA